GCUUUUACACAAACAAAGAUUUCAUCCGCAUUUUCUUCUUAAAUUUAUAUUUUCCGCAAAGGGAAGGGAUUAUUAAUGUGUGCAAUAAUCCAAAUCCGUUUCUUAGAGCAAAAAUUUCCAGUCUCUCUCUCUCUCCCCAGGCACUAGAGAGUAGAGUACUGAAACCUAAUUUAUGUGAAGAAACCAAAACUUUCAGUCCCAAAUACCCUGAAUUUUAUUUAUUUUUUGCUAAAUUUACUCGUCACUGAGGUAAGGAAGAUAGCGGCUCCAGGAGAUGCCGGAAGUUAAAUCGGAGCUGACACCAGAGGAAGAGAAGCUGUGUAUUAGAGACAUUUCAAUCUCCGCGGAAGCUCAGACCAAAGAAGGCGAUACAUUCUAUUUAAUCACUCAGAGGUGGUGGCAUGAAUGGCUUGAAUAUGUCAAUCAAAACCAGAUUAAUAGUUUGAAUGAUGGAUCUGCUUCUGAGUAUUGUGCUCUGAAAAGGCCUUCAAGUAUUGAUAAUUCUGACAUUAUAUAUGAAGCAACAUCAGAAAGUUCUGUGAUGGGAAUUGAGCUCCGUGAUACUCUAGUAGAAGGCACUGAUUAUAUAUUGCUUCCUCAGGAAGUCUGGAAUCAAUUAUACACAUGGUAUGGAGGCGGUCCUAUAUUGGCUCGAAAAGUAAUCAGCUCAGGGCUCUCGCAAACAGAAUUGGCUGUAGAAGUUUAUCCUCUACGUCUCCAAUUACAUCUGAUGCCAAAUGAUGAGUGCUCUACCAUAAGGAUAAGUAAAAAAGAGACAAUUGGAGAACUACACAAAAAAGCUUCAAAAAUCUUUAAUCUUAAUCCAGAGCAAGUGUGCAUAUGGGACUACUUUAGCCAUCAAAAGCAUGCUUUGAUGAAUGACAUGGAAAAGACACUGGAUGAUGCAAAUAUUCAAAUGGAUCAGGAUAUCUUAGUGGAGGUUGUUAGUAAUAAUGCUGGUGGUGGUGCGGGUUUCAUUCAUGAUAAUGGAUCUGCACCUAAUGGAACAAUAACGGGUCACGUCGAGCCUUCUAAGUUAAAUUUUUCAAUUGCUGGAGGCCUUUCUGCAAGCAAGGGUUCAGCUAGAAAUGGCAAUGCUGAGUUGUCUCAGUUGCAGAGCUUGGCUUCUCCAGUUAGGGAGACAGAGAAGACAUAUGGAACUAGUGGUGUUAGUACUAGGGGAUCUGCUUGUGGUCUUACUGGGUUGUUAAAUCUUGGAAAUACAUGCUUUAUGAACAGUGCAAUACAGUGUCUGGUUCAUACACCAGAAUUUGCACGGUACUUUCGAGAAGAUUACUAUCAAGAGAUUAACAAGCAGAAUCCUUUGGGGAUGGUGGGUGAGCUGGCUUUAGCAUUUGGUGAUUUGCUCCGGAAGUUGUGGGCACCAGGGCGCACUCCUGUAGCCCCACGUCCAUUUAAGACAAAGCUUGCUCGUUUUGCACCACAAUUUAGUGGUUAUAAUCAGCAUGAUUCUCAGGAACUUCUUGCAUUUCUAUUAGAUGGACUUCAUGAGGACUUGAAUCGUGUCAAACACAAACCCUAUAUAAAAUCAAAAGAUGCAGAUGGUCGGCCUGAUGAAGAAGUUGCUGAUGAGUACUGGGCAAAUCACAUUGCUCGUAAUGAUUCAAUCAUUGUGGAUGUAUGCCAAGGUCAGUACAAGUCGACUCUUGUUUGUCCUGUAUGUAAUAAAGUCUCUGUUACAUUCGAUCCAUUCAUGUACCUUUCCCUGCCACUGCAAUCUGCCACCACCCGAAGUAUGACGGUGACAAUAUUCACUUGUGAUGGAAGUGCACUACCAUCAGCUUGCACGGUCACAGUGCCAAAGCAGGGACGUUGCAGGGACUUGAUCCAGGCACUUGCCAAUGCUUGUUCUUUAAAGCCUAAUGAGAAGUUCUUGCUUGCUGAGAUACGAGGCCACUUGAUUCAUCGGUACUUGGAAGACCCUCUGAUAUCUUUAUCUUCUAUAAAAGAUGAUGACCACCUUGCGGUCUAUAAGAUCCCUAAAUUGGUGAAAAGCUCAAAAUUUCUCCAACUGAUUCAUCGGCGUGAAGAGCGUGAAGUUGGUAUUUCUCAGAGCAGUGUGGGUUGGAAGCCUUACGGAACACCUCUUGUUUCACCAAUCUCAUGUGAUGAUAUUAUUACGAGAGGUGACAUACAAUCAAUUGUUUACAAAAUGCUCUCACCAAUGUUAAGAACAGAAAAUCCAGGAUACUACAAUUUCUCUAGUGCCAAGACAUCAGUAGCAGCAUCUAAUUCUUCCAGUGCCACUGGCACUAGUGAAGCAUGUAAAGAUUCCGGUGUUGCCGAUACCAAUGAGAAACUACCUUUGCAGCUGGUUGAUGAAAAUAAUGCAUGUAUAGACCUAACCAUUGGAGAAGAUAAGGCGGUUAAAGUGUCCUCCUCAUCAAAGUCUAUACUGGUAUUUAUCGAUUGGCCACAACAGCUCUUGGAAAAUUAUGAUACUCACUACCUUGAGAACUUGCCGGAAGUAACAAAAUACGGGUCAGUCACAAAGAAAGCUCGUACUGAACCUCUUUCAUUAUACAGUUGCUUGGAAGCUUUUCUCCGUGAAGAGCCUCUGGUGCCUGAAGAUAUGUGGUAUUGUCCUCAGUGCAAGGAGCGACGACAAGCAAGCAAGAAGCUUGACCUUUGGAGGCUACCUGAAGUGCUCGUUAUUCACCUUAAAAGGUUCUCAUACAGCAGGUCAAUGAAACAUAAGCUGGAAACGUUUGUCAAUUUUCCCAUCCAUGAUUUUGACGUGACAAAGUAUGUAGCAAACAAAAACAACUCUCAACGGCAGCUUUAUGAACUCUAUGCCUUAACAAAUCAUUAUGGUGGCAUGGGAAGUGGGCACUACACAGCACAUAUCAAGCUUCUGGAUGAAAAUAGGUGGUACAAUUUUGAUGACAGCCACAUAUCUCCAAUCAAUGAAGAAGACGUGAAGUCUGCUGCUGCUUACGUUUUGUUCUAUCGGAGGGUAAAAACUGACGAUAAUUCUGCAAGCAAUGGGAUAGCGUCCUCGGGUGGUCACCACUCCAUCUCUUCUCGCAAGUAGCAUGCUAGGUUUUGUACAUCCAUGUAAGAACUGGAAUUAGCGUAUUAUAUUACUGUAUUAUUAUUACGUAGAGAAAUAUAUAGGCAGCAUACAAGCAACUGGAUGAAAAUGAUCUUUAAAGAUUUUGCAAAUCUGAGAAAUUGGAAAAGAUGUUUAGAUAUUA